AUGCUAAUAUUCAUCAUCUUAUAUUAUUCAUGGUUCCUAUUAGCUGUUUCCUGUCUCAAGUAUCCAAAUGAAAUAGUUGACACUCCAAUUGUAAUAUGUGAGAAUGACAAAAUCAUAAUCAAGAUAAAAACGUCCAUUUCCAAUCCUUCACAUAUUUACGUCGAUGGAAGAGAAAACGAUUUGGAAUGCGUUUCCAGGAAUCAGAACAAAAUCGAGGUGGCGCAUGAUAAAUGUGGAAUGGUUAAUGAAAAAUCGGAUCAACCAAAUGGUUCCAUUCGUCGUCUUUGCAUUUUCGUACAACUCCAUCCUCUAUUUGUCACUGAAUCCGAUCGUAGUUAUUGUGCUCAAUGUGUCUAUAUGAAUUCUCAUGUCAUGAAAGAUAUCGAAUCCACACUGGAUAUCAGUGAAGCACCUCCCCUCCAAUUAUCCCCCCAAUUCGAUGCUCCCGCCAUGCCGAAAUGUAACUACUCAAUUAGAAAACAAAGCAAAGAUGGACCACCAGUCCAAUACGCCUCCAUCGGAGACAGCGUAUUCCAUGUAUGGAGUUGUGAUGGAGAUCAUAACGGGAUUCUUGUUCAAAACUGCCAUGUUGAGGAUGGCCAAGGGAAUAAGAUAUUGAUCAUUGAUCAGAAUGGAUGUGGAAUUGAUCACUAUGUCAUGGAUACUCCAAUUUACAAUGGAGAACAAUCUGUGGCAUUUCAGGAGACACAUGUUUUCAAAUUCGCUCAACGAACUAUCACUCGUUUCAUAUGCCAAAUUAAGAUUUGUAUGAAGGGAGAUGAUUGUAGACAAUUAUCGCCUCCAGAAGCUUGUCCAAGCCUUGAAGAGAGAUUUGACGAUGCAGCAGUAGAAAAGGGCAAAAUGUUUGCAGAUGAGAUCCGUCCACCUGCAGUAAUGCCUUCCGAUUUGACUGGUCCAGAUCAAGAUACCUCGGUUGAAUUCGUUAGAAGAGCACCCAUGAAAGGAAGUAUUUAUUAUGGUGUUGGAUACAACCCGAAACGUCACCGUCGUGAGAUUCUGAUCAACACAGCGCCUCGACCACAGAAACAAUUCAUAAUGAAGAAUGGAUAUCCAGAGAUGGAAAUGGUUGGAGAGUUGAGAGUAUUCGAGAAUCCUCAGGAUGUUGAAUACUUUGAAUCCCAAAGAUCUCAAUCUUCUGGACCAUCGUCAAUUUGCGAAUCUCCAUCUUCCUCUCUAUUUUUCACUCUUCUCGUCACAGCGCUCGUCGUCCUCUCCAUUCUUCUCAUCUCACUCUUCUUGUUGAUUUCUUCUCGAAUUCGAUCAAGCAAAAACAAUUCCAUUCAUUUCGCACAAUGA